GUAAAAUUAAAAAGAUUGAUCAACUUUACUAUAAUUGAAAACGAACUUUCUUCUUCAUAGCCUUAUCUCCUUGUUCUGCACAGCAAAACUAAAAGCCUACAAAGAAGUGAGAAACAAAGGGCGCAUUCGAAUGAUUCCACCACUUCUGCGCACGUUAGCAAAAGGCUCCGUUAUCCUUAUUGGUGGAUCCAUAUCUAUCUCUGCACUCACCACUUCAAUCCUUCGCCGUAAAUCCUUAAUUAACAAGGAAAAGUUCGGGAAGUUUUGUGGGUGUUGUAGAGGAAAGGGAUUUUACAUAUGUAAGCUGUGCAAGGGAAACGAUACAAUAAGAUGGUCUCCGCUGUAUGAUCCUGUGUUUAUAAAUCCAUGUGUUUGCCCUACUUGCGAUGGUCACAAGGUGCAACGAUGUCUCAAUUGUUUGGGAGAUGGACGGGUGGUGUAAUUAAGAGUAAAAGGUGUUCGUUGAAAUGCACUCUACCUGUUCGAUAUAAAGACCAUGCCAACAUUUGUUUCCAAAAGCAGAAGCAAUUUUAUCUUUUAAACAUGUGGGAUUCUUUUAACAAAAAGUUUUUUUUUCCUUGCCAUCAUCGGCCUAUACAACGAAGCUGGGGAAUCAGCAGCCGGACAUUUCUGCCGCUAAUUCCUGAACUUGAGCACAGACGCGGAUGCAAGAUUUAAAUUUAGUGGAUUCAACUUUUAAGGAAGGGGAGUCUUGGCGUAACUGAUUAAAUUGCUGCCAUGUGACCAGAAGAUCACGAGUUCAAGCCGUGGAAACAACUUCUUGCAAAUGCAAGGUAAGGCUGCGUAUAAUAGACACUUGAGGUCCGGCCCUUCCCCGGACCCUGCGCAUAGCGGGAGCUUAGUGCACUCAUUGAGAUUUUUAGCAUUGUACUCAUUGUACUAUUAAAAUUAUAGGUUCAAAUCUAAUACAUGUUGCUAUUUUA